GGUCAAGAGCAUCUGUCGAGCUGGUGCUUUGUCUUUUCAAGUUUCGUCCUUCGAAGCCCGCUGGUGACUCUGCACCAUAGGAAAGUACGAGGUAACUCCGUACAAGUACCCACUUUCCUUGAUUAAUCACACCUCUUGGCAGGAACUGCUCCGUCUUUUUGAAACCACGAUCCUGGCGACUCGAACCACCACCAGGAGAGGAACACCGCGCUCCGUAUCCACGCUGGUGGACCAUUCCAGCAAGGGGGAUUCUAACAGGGUUCGAAAUUGCUGCCGCAGCAUACAUAGGCUGCUAUAUCCAUGCCAGAAACACUGCAGGCAAACGCUCGGGUGGCGCGGUAGCUAUCAUCGGGGUUGCUAUAGCAAUGGUUGUGGAUGGUGGAAUCACGCUGCUCUCCAUGGUCGGCUUUUACGAGUCCAGCGGAACAUGCGCUGCCGGCUUCUUCGACAUCGUCACGGUUACUGUGUGCUCCGUUGGAGCCAUCGGCGUCUCAUGGCCGGAGCGGGAACGGGACUACACUUUGAGGGACGCCCAGUCAAUUGCUGGGACGUUGGUAGGAACGGUCAGAUGGGUCUCCUCCCCGAUGCUGAGCUCUCUUGAUCUGAAUGGCGGUAUGAGUGCUAGAAUGGUUGUUUGGACAAAGCUGAAACCAAUUCGAACUCCCAAUGCGGUAGACCUUGUCUGCUCGAUAGGAGACUGCGUUGUGUGUUGUACCGUCUGGCGGAGAAGGAGGAGAACUCGACGGAACGCAACGGCAAACCCGGCAGACGACCCAGCCGGUUUGCCUGAUUUGCACCUACAGGCAUCUCAGGAUGGACCAGUACAUAAGCAGCAAGGGGCGGGCCUAAAAGAAAGUCACAUCAAGGAUGCAAACAGCCCUCUGCAACUGGGUCCAGUCAACUUGAGCGGCGAAACGGCCAAUACCAAGGAUGGGAUACCAGUCUAAGCGGCUAGGCUGAUCAGCCACUACCUAAUUGCGUAUUAACCUUGAACUAGAAAUGACAAGGGGGAUACGGGCCUCCUACAGGUAUAGAAAUGUGGAACAAAGGCGGGGAAGGGCCACUUAUACUUACCGGGAACUGUUACUGCGCGAAUGGAACCCUUAGAGAACAUGAAAGGUUUGAAGGAAAAGGGUCUGGCGCGGGGCCUAGGAGGCAAGGAGGCAUGAGUUGGGGUUGUCGGGUACACUACCUUAGGAUAGGUACCUUCGAUCAGUAGUACAUGUACCCUGCCUCCCCACCCGAUUGACGGGAUUGUGUUUGAGAAAGUGAGUUCGAGGG